AUGGCACCACCACAGUAUCGGCGCGAGCCCAUCGCGCUCGUCGGGUCGGCGUGCAGAUUCCCUGGCGAGUGCUCGUCGCCGUCCAAGCUGUGGGAGCUGCUGCGGCAGCCGCGCGACGUGCUCAGCGAGAUCCCCACGGACCGCUUCAACGCGGCCAAGUUCUACCACCCGGACCCGCUGCACCAGGGAACAAGCAACGUGCGGCACUCGUACGUGCUCGCCGAGGACCACCGCGUGUUCGACGCCCACUUCUUCGGCGUCAAGCGCGCCGAGGCCGACGCCAUGGACCCGCAGCAGCGCAUCCUGCUCGAAGUCGCCUACGAAGCGCUCGAAUCCGCCGGCAUCCCGCUGGAGCGCGCGCGGGCCAGCAGCACGGGCGUGUUCGUGGGGCUGAUGAACGCUGACUACGCUGACUCGCUGGCGCGCGACGUGCGCUCCGUGCCGACCUACUUCGCGCCGGGCACCGCGCGCAGCACGCUGUCGAACCGCCUGUCGCACCUGUUCGACCUGCGCGGCCCGUCCAUGACCAUCGACACGGCGUGCUCGUCGAGCCUGGUCGCGCUGCACCAGGCCGUGCUGAGCCUGCGGGCGGGCGAGACGAGCGCCGCCAUUGUCGCCGGCACGAAUCUGUUGCUGGGCCCCGAGCCGUACGUCGCGUCGACCAAGAUGGCCAUGCUCAGCCCCGCCGGCCGCAGCCGCAUGUGGGACGCGGCUGCCGACGGCUAUGCGCGUGGCGAUGGGUUUGGUGUCCUGGUGCUCAAGACGCUGGCGCGCGCGCUCGCCGAUGGUGAUGCUAUCGAGUGUCUUGUUAGGGAGACGGGCGUCAACCAGGACGGCCACACCAAGGGCAUCACAAUGCCCAGCCCGCAGGCCCAGGCCCGCCUAAUCAGAGCUACGUAUGCCCGCGCCGGCCUCGACCUGGCUAAGCCGUCUGACCGGCCGCAGUACUUUGAGGCGCACGGCACUGGAACGGCUGCGGGCGACCCCGUCGAGGCCGAGGCCAUCAGCAGUGUCUUCUUCGGCGCCGAGACAAACUUCCAGCGGACAGACGGAGACGCGCCGCUGUUUGUAGGGUCGGGCAAGACAGUUCUGGGACACGCCGAGGGCGCGGCGGGCGUGGCGGGCGUGCUCAAGGCCGCGCUGGCGCUGCAGCACGCCACCAUCCCGCCCAACGCGCUGCUCACCGAGAUCAGCCCGGCCGUAAAGCCCUUCUACGACGCCGGGCUGCACAUUGCGCAGCAGGCGCGAGCAUGGCCGGGCGUUGCCAGCUUUGACGACCACAGCAGCCCUGCGCCGGCCGAUAAUCGGGCGAUGUUGCCCUUUGUCUUCUCCGCCGCGUCUGGGAAGGCGCUCCGCGGCAACCUGGCAGCGUACGCGGCGCAUCUGCGGGCAAACCCGGCCCUCGACCUGCGCGCCCUGGCCUGGACGCUCGGCGUGCGCCGCUCGGUGUUGGCCGCGCGCAUAUCCAUCCCCGCCACUGCAGACAUUACCACAGACGACAACAACAAACAAAGCAACAACAAACACAACAGCCGCAUCGUCGACGCACCCCUCAGAGACACCACGCACCCCCCCCGACUUCUAGCCAUCUUCACGGGCCAGGGCGCGCAGUGGGCCACCAUGGGCGCCUCCCUCAUCGCGUCCAGCCCGCUCGCUGAGUCGCGGCUGGCCGCUCUCGAGUCGUCCCUCGCGACACUACCCGCAGGCGACGCGCCGAGCUGGUCGCUGGCAGCCGAGCUGCGCCGGUCAGCGGCCGGCGGGUCGCGCAUGGCCGAGGGCGAGCUCGCGCAGCCGCUGUGCACGGCCGUGCAGCUCGUGCUGGUCGACGUGCUGCGCGCGGCGCGCGUCGGCGUGGCGGCGGCCGUCGGCCACUCGUCGGGCGAGAUCGCCGCCGCGUAUGCCGCUGGCUAUCUGUCUGCUGGCGAUGCCAUCCGCAUUGCCUACUAUCGCGGGCGGUCGCUGCGUGUUACUGCCGCUGCUGCUGCUGGGGCGAUGCUGGCGGCAGGCACCACGCCCGCGGACGCGGCCGAGCUGUGCGGACUGCCGGCGCUGCGGGGCCGCGUGUGCGUGGCGGCGCACAACUCGCCGUCCAGCGUGACGCUGUCGGGCGACGCCGACGCCGUGGCCGAGGCGCGCGAGAUCCUCGAGGACGAGGCCAAGUUUGCGCGCCUGCUGAGGGUGGACACGGCGUACCACUCGCCGCACAUGAUGCCGUGCGCCGCCGCGUACGUGGCCGACCUGGCGCGCGUCGGCAUCGCGGUGCGCGGCCCUGCGGCGGAUAGCGGGACAGCAUAUCCGGCGUGGAUCUCCAGCGUGACGGGGGAGAGCGCCGCGGCGUCGGUUGGCUCGGCCUCGCUCGCGGGGGCGUACUGGGGCGACAACAUGGCGCAACCGGUGCUGUUCACCGACGCGGUGCAGCAUGCGGUGCGCACGUGCGGGCCUUUCGACGCCGUGCUCGAGGUCGGCCCGCACCCGGCGCUCAAGCAGCCGACCCUCGACAGCAUCCUCGCGGCGGCGCCCGACAGCGGUGGCUUGCCGUACGUGGCAACGCUCACCCGCGGCCGCGACGACCUCGAGGCGUUUACCGACACGCUCGGCUCGCUGUGGAUGCUGUUUGGCCGCGCGGCCGUCGACUUUGACGCCUUUGACCGCGCGGCAUGUGGUCUCGGCGACCGGCAGCCGCGCCCGCUCAAGGGCCUGCCGGGGUACGCGUGGAUGCACGACUGCAUCUAUUGGCACGCGUCGCGGCACGGGCGGGCGAGCCUGUCGGCGGGCGACGCGCCGCACGCGCUGCUGGGCACGGCGUCGCCCGAUGCGACAGCCAGCGAGCUGCGGUUCCGCAACCACCUCAGCCCACGCCACGUGCCGUGGCUAGCCCACCACCGCGUGCAGGGCCAGAUCGUGUUCCCGGCUGCCGGCUACGUGGCCGCCGUGCUCGAGGCCGUGGCCAAGUGGUUCGAGGCCGGCACGGUGCAGCUGGUCGAGUUUGCGGACCUGGUCAUCAAGAAGGCGCUGCUGUUUCCGGCCGACGGCGGCGACGACGCGGCCAUCGAGACCAUGCUCUCGCUGAGGAUUGUCGACCAGACCAGCGCCGAGAGCACUGCGCUGUUCACCUUUUACUCUGACACCGAUAGCAGCAGCAGCAGCAGCAACAACAACAACAACAACAACAACAACACCAACAACACCAAAAACACCAACAACACCAACAACACCAACAACACCAACAACACCAACAACACCAACAACACCAACAACACCAACAACACCAACAACAACAACAACACUGCCCCCGCGGCCAUGACAGAAAACGCGUCAGGCAGGGUGCGCGUCGUGCGCGGCCCCUUGGCGCACGACGCCCUGCCACCGCCACCACCACCGCAGCAGCUGGCGGCCGACGGGCGGUUCCUGGACCUCGAGCCCGACGACUUCUACGCGUGGGCGCGCGGGCUGGGGUACGGGUACGAGGGGGCGUUCCGGGGGCUGGGGAUGACGCAGCGGCGUCUAGACGAGGCAGCAGGGGUGGUGCUUGUGCCAGCACCUAGCAGCGAGAGUAGCCGGCAUGCCUACGCGGCGCCGCUGCUCGUGCACCCGGCCGUGCUCGACUGCGCCAUCCAGGCCAUGCUGCUGGCCUACUGCUACCCGGGCGACGGGCGCAUGCGCGGCCUGUGCAUGCCGACGCGCAUCGACGGGCUGCGCGUCAACCUGGCCGCGUAUCGCGAGGCCACCACUUCCGAACCAGACGCUGCGAAACUGCCCUUCCACGCAUCCGUGGCGUCCUCGUCCUCGUCGUCGUUGUCGCCUGGGAGCGACAUUGUCGGCGACGUCGAUGUGUACUCGCCGGGCCGCGGGUGCACGCUGGUGCAGCUGCAGGGGCUGCACAUCACGCCUCUAGUGCCGCCCUCGCCCGACAACGACGUCAAGCUGUUCUUCGAUAUGGCGUGGGGCCCUGCGUCGCCAGCGGGCGGGACGGUGCCGCUGCUCCAGGGGUGCGCGGGCGCCGACUCGCUGGCGGCGGCCACGGAGCGCGUCGCCUUCUUCUACCUGCGCCGGCUCGCCGACGCGUUCCCACCCGAAAGGAGGCGCGAAAUGGGCGACGCCCUCCUGUGGCACCAUGGCCGCCUGUUGGGCUAUGUCGACCACUGCGUCGCCUGGGUCGCUGGUGACACCCACCCCUACGUGCCAAGUGACAUCGACCUGCAGGUGAUCACGGCAACCGGGCUGGGCCUGGCGCCGGCCGUCCGCGGCGAGAGCAACAUCCUCGAGGUGAUGCGGCGCGACGGGCUCAUGGACGACUUCUACGCGCGCUCGCUGGGCAUGGCCGAGUAUGUGGCCGACGUGGCGCGCGUGGUCGGCGAGCUGGCCCACCGCUUCCCGCACAUGCAUAUUCUCGAGAUUGGAGCCGGCAGCGGCGCGACCACAUCCGCCAUGCUCGACACCCUGGGCGGCUCGUUCGCGUCGUACACGUUCAGCGACGUGUCGAGCGGCUUCUUCGCGAAAGCGCAAGCCAAGCUCGCCGACACCACCCGCGCACACAACAAGCUGCAGUUCCGCGUGCUCGACAUUGAGAAGCCGCCCGCCGCCCAAGGCUUCGCCGAGGGCGCGUACGACGUGGUAAUCGCGUCGCUGGUGCUGCACGCGACGCGCAGCCUGCGCUCGACGCUCGCGCACGCGCGCAGCCUGCUGCGGCCCGGCGGCCGCCUGGUGCUGCUCGAGGUCACGCACAACGACUCGCUGCGCGUCGGGCUCGUGUCGGGCGGCCUGCCGGGCUGGUGGCUGGGCAGUGAUGACGAAGACAGCGAUGACGGGGCGCGCGCGCUGUCGCCGUGUGUGCCGGCCAGCGCGUGGGAGGAGCUGGCGCUCGCGACGGGCUUCUCGGCCAUCGAGGCGCUGACGCCCCACGACCAUGCCGUGCCGGUGCCGCUGUCGGUUAUCGUGUUCCAGGCCGUCGACAAGAGGGUGGAUUUCUUGCGCGACCCGCUAGCGAGCGCUCGGCGCCUGCAGCGCGGCGACUUGACUAUCUUGGGCGGCUCGGUCGACGCGGCUGCACGGCUCCGCGGCCUGCUCGGCGCGCACUACGCCGGCGUAUCGCACGUGCAGGCUUCGGGGGGCGUGGUAUCGCUGCCCAGCGACGGCACCGUGGUUAGUCUGGCUGGGCUGCUCGACGGCGGCGAAUCACUCUUCGGCGACGUGGCGGCGGCGCUGGCAACGCUGCAGACGGCCUUCAAGCACAGCCGAUGCCUGCUGUGGGCGACGACGGGCGCGCGGCGCGGCGGCAACCCGCUCAACAACAUGUUCCGCGGGCUACAGCGGUCCGUCGCGCUCGAGAUGGUCGACGUGCGGUCGGCCGUGCUCGACUUUGACACGCCCGGCGAUGUCGGUCUCGACGUCGUGGCGCACCGGCUGCUGCAGCUCGACGGCCAGCGGCAGGACAGAGACAAUGAUAGCGGCCAGCGGCAGGACCUCCUGUGGUGCAGCGAGCCCGAGCAGUCGGUGCAGGGAGGGCGGGUGCUAGUGCCGCGGCUGCGGCCGACCGCCGCCAGGAACGAGCGGUACAACGCCACGCGGCGCCCGCUGGCCCGCAACGCGCCCGCGCUGCUGGCGCUGUACGCGCAGCUCGUGGCUCACGGCAUCCUGGCGCGGGCGGCACCCGUCGGAAUGCUGGCCGUGCUCGAUCCAGGGCCUCGGCUCGGCGACGCGCUGUGCAGGUUGGCGGCGCGGAAAGGCGUGCCGCUGCUGCUUCUCACGACCACCGCUUCUCCCAAAGGCUUUGUCCAGCUGCCGUGGGUCUCGCUGCACCCGCGGUCGACGCGGGCGUCAGUCGACAAGGCGCUGCCGGUAGGCGUGACCACCUUUGUGGACAUGGGUGCACCCGGUAGCCACAUGGCUGCCUUGGUAGCCACGUGCCUGUCCCCGGGCUGUCAACGGCUCGGCCGGGCUGGUUUUACGUACUGGCUGGCGGGGCUGUCGGGCGACCUGGGGCUGUCGCUGUGCCGGUGGAUGGCGGCGCGGGGGGCGCGGCACAUUGCGCUCUCGAGCCGGCAGCCGGCGGUCGACGCAGCGUGGGUGGCCGACAUGGCUGCGCGCCUCGGGUGCGCGGUGCGCGUGCUGGCAUGCGACGCCACAGACCGGGCCUCGGUGCGCGCGCUGCGCCGCCGCCUCGCCGCCUCCAUGCCGCCCGUGGCCGGCGUCGCGCAGGGCGCCAUGGUGCUGCACGACACCGUGUUCCCGGACCUCGACGUCGAGCGGCUCGACAAGGUGUUACGGCCCAAGGUGCAGGGCAGCGUGUUCCUCGACGAGCUGUUUGGAGAGAGCGAAGCGCCGCUCGACUUCUUCGUCUUCUUCUCGUCGCUCGCCUACGUGGUCGGCAACCGUGGGCAGAGCGCCUACACGGCGGCCAACGCUUUCAUGGCCAGCCUAGCGGCGGGCCGGCGCGCGCGCGGGCUGGCGGCGUCCGUCAUCAACAUCGGCGCCAUCGUCGGGCCGGGCUACGUGUCGCGCCAGCUGACGCCCGACAAGCAGGCCGCGCUGCACCGCGCCGGCUUCUCGUUUCUGUCCGAGCAGGACUUUCACGAGAUCUUUGCCGAGGGCGUGCUGGCGAGCAGGCUGCCGGGAGAGAGUGAUGCCGACGGCUUCGGCUUUGAGAUCUCGGCCGGACUGCGCGUCGACGACGGCGACGACGACGGCAAGGCGUUUGCGGCCAACCCUGUGUUCCAGCAUCUGCUACCGCAACACACAACAAACAAAACAUUGCUAACCAAUAAUGUAGACUCGUUCCUGGAGAAGCUCGAGGCGACGCUGCAGACAGGUGCCGAUGACGGCAGGGCCAUGGCGGGCAAGAGCCCCGACGAGCUGGGCAUCGACUCGCUCGUGGCCGUCGACGUGCAGUCGUGGUUCCGCAAGGAGCUAGGGGUUGAUCUGCCCGUCAUGAAGAUCCUGAACGCGCCCACCAUCCACCAUCUCUUGCUCGCGGCCCGCGAACUGCUCGACCCUAAAAUGCCCCCCCUUGUGCUUGUGCCCCAGCCAGCACUAGCACCGAGACAUUCUCCCCUAACAACCGCGCCCAACUCGCCGGCCUCGUCGUCGAGCUCACUAAGCAACUUUGCCUCGACGCCGGCCCCCAUAUCCGACUCCGAGUCUGAGCCCGAAGCCCUCAAGCUAGCCGAGCUGCCCCCAGCAACCUCCAUAGCUACAAGGCCAACCAUUGCCACUAUUGCCGCCCCCACCAACACACCCUCCGACACGUCCUUGGCUAGGCGGGCUCCCUUGUCGUUCGCGCAGUCGCGGUUCUGGUUCCUGCGAUCACUCGUGGCUAACGGCGCGGCCUUUAACGUGACGACGGCGAUCCGGCUUCACGGGCGUGUCGACGCGGGCAAGCUGGCGCGGGCAUUCGCGGCCGUCGGCGCGCGGCACGACGCGCUGCGCACUACUUUCUACACCGAAGGCGCCACGCGCCAGCCCAUGCAGGGCGUGUCACCAAAGUUCGGCGGGCAGCUCGAGCACGCCGUCGUGUCGUCCGAAGGCCAUAUCCAGAGGGAGAUCGACGAGGUGUGCGCACACAUCUUCCGGCUCGAAGCCGGCGAGUGCGUGCGGCUGAAGCUCGUCAGCGUCGGCCACGCAGGAGGCGACGCACACUGCCUCGUGCUCGGCUACCACCACAUCGCGCUCGACGGCAUCUCGAACCAGGUGUUCCUGGCAGACCUGGCGCGCGCGUACGGCGGCGUCCCGUUCCCUGACAGUGUCGACGACAAGCCGCUGCAGUACCCCGACUUUGCGCUGCGGCAGCGCCGCGAGCACGCCCAGGGCGCCUGGGCCGCCGACAUCGCCUUCUGGCGCGCGCAGCUAGCCGACGCACCGCCGCCGCUGCCGCUGCUAGCAUCGGUGGCGCGCAGCAGAACAGCCCGCCCGGGGUCUGGCCCCGUCUUCGCGGCGCACCUGGCCAAGGCGCCCGUCGACGCUGCGCUCAAGGCGCGCAUCGAGCAGUGCUGCCGGCGGGCGCGCGUCGCGCCGUUCCACUUCUACCUGGCGGCCUUGCGCGUGUUCCUAGCCAGACACACUGCCAGCGUCAACGAUGCGGAGGAUGGUGAUAUCGACAGCGACAUGUGCAUCGGCGUGGGCGACGCCGGGCGCAAGGACGCCGACGUGCUGCGCAGCAUCGGCCUGUUCCUCAACUUGCUGCCCCUGCGCUUCCGCCGCGGAGGAGCAGCAAACACCAGUUCAAGCACAAACUUUACCGACAUACUGCACGGCACCAAACGCACCGCCGACGCCGCGUUCGCGCACUCGCGCGUGCCGUUCGACGUCAUCCUACAAGAGACACACGCGCACGCCACCAGCAACAGCAGCAACAACAACAACAGCAACAACAACAACAACAACAACAACAGCAACAGCAACAACAGCAAAAACAACAAACAGGCCAACCCGCUGUUCCAGGCCUUCCUCAACUACCGGCCGCAUGUGCACGACGCAGCGGUAUCGUUCCUCGGCUGCGCGGCACGCGGCGAGGUGGUGUCCGCAGGCGCGCAGGCGUACGACAUCAGCGUCGACGUGCUGGACAGCAGCGGUCCCAACACGGCCAACACCGUCUCGCUGGCGCUCAACAAAGGGGUGUACGCUGCGCACGACGCCCAAGUGAUGCUAAACAGCUACCUGGCACUCCUCUUCAGCCUGGCGCAGCAGGGCCCCGACGACGCCGUCGCCAUCGCGCCGCUGUAUGCGCGCGCCGAUGCCGAUGCGGCGGUGCGGCUGGGGCGCGGGCCGGAGGAGUGCGCUGCGCUGUGGCCGGCUGACGCUACCGUCGUUGACCGCAUCGAUGAUAUGGCGGCGCGGUUCGGCGGGCGCGUCGCCCUGGUUGCUCCCGGCAGCCUCGACAUUGGAGCUGGCACGCCCGGCGGCGGGGAACGGCUGACGUUCACGUACGCGCAGAUGGCGCGGCGCGUGAACCGGCUGGCUCUACGGCUCGUGCGAGACCAUGGAAUCAGCAGCGGCAGCAGUGUCGGCAUCCUGCAGGCGCCCGGGCCGGGGUGGGUGGUGUCGCUGCUGGCGGUGCUGCGAGCAGGGGCGGCGGCGGUGCCGCUCGAUCCGCGCGUCGGCCCGCACCGCCUGCGCGGCAUCCUCGAGACGCAGGACGCAGCGGCCGGUGCGCUGCGGGCCAUCUUGCUUGACGGUGUCACGGCGCGGGAUACAGAGUUGCUAGACGCGGGCGGCAUCUCGGCAAGGCACGCCGUUGACGUGUCUCGGGCGGCUGAGACGGAGAAGGAUGUAGACGAGGACGUGUUCGUGUCGUCGCGCGCACGCCCGGCGGCCACGGCGGUGGUGACGUACACCAGCGGGUCGACGGGGGCGCCCAAGGGGGUGGCGCUGGGGCACGGGGCGGUGGCCGGGUUCUGCGCGCUGGCGGCGGCGCGGUGGCGGCUGGCCGAGGGCGGCGAGACGGUCCUGCAGCAGUCCGCGCCGGCGUUCGACAUGGCCGUGGCGCAGGUGCUGGUGUGUCUGGGCCAUGGCGGCACGCUGGUGGUGCCCGACGCGGCGGCGCGCCACGACCCGGCCGCCGUGUGCGCGCUGCUCGUGCGCGAGGCCGUCACCUUCACCCUGGCCACGCCGACCGAGUACCUCGCGUGGCUGCGCAGUGGUGGUGGCGGCCGUGGCGAGGCGCUGCGGGGCUCGUGCUGGCGCGGCGCCAUGAGCGGCGGCGAGCCCCUGACGCCGGCGCUGGUGCAGGCGUUUGCCGCGCUGCGUAAGCCCGGCUUUGCCCUCGUCAACAGCUACGGGCCGUGCGAGACGACGUUUGCGUGCGCCGAGGCCGUCGUGCCACUGCCGCUGCCGCUUGACGCUGGCGACGAGCAGCACCGAGACAAAAGCGACGAGGCGCGGUUCGCUAUGGCGCCCAUCGCCAACUGCUCGGUGCGCAUCGUCGACGAGCAGCUUCGGCCGGUGCCUGCGGGCGUGCUAGGCCAGGUGGUUAUCGGCGGAGCUGGCGUGGCGGCGGGAUAUGUGGGCGGCGACGCGCAACAACAACAGAGUGUCGCCGCCUUCCGUGUUGCCGAGCACGCCAGCGCCUUCUUUGAGCGGCGCGGCUGGACCACGGAGCAUCUGUCGGGCGACUGCGGGCGGCUGCUGGCCGACGGGCGGCUCGCGCUGCACGGGCGCAUCCGCGGCAGCACCCAGGUCAAGCUGGGCGGCAUUCGCAUGGACCUGGCUGAGAUCGAGCAUGCCGUGCUCGAGGCAACGCGCGGCGAUGUGCUCGAGGUCGCCGUGUCGCUUCGGCGCCGAGGUUCUAGGUCUGGCUCUAGUUCUGACCGCAACGCAGCUCCGCCGUUUCCGGUUGCCUCGUCGUUUCUGGUUGCCUUUGUCGUGCUGUCAGAGCGGCACACCCAAGCGCCGGCGCUGGCGGGCAGGGACUCGUUUCUGCUCUCGCUGCCGCACAUGCUGCCGCUGCCGCCAUACAUGCGGCCGUCGGUGGUGCUGGCCGUCGACGCGCUCCCGCGCACCCUGUCCAACAAGCUCGACCGCAGGCGCGUCAAUGGCCUGCCGCUGCAGCAGCGCGGCACUGACGCGGCCGAUACCAUGACAACCCCGACAGCGCCCCUGAGCCCACUCGAGCACACGCUCCUGGGGCUGUGGCAAGAGUCGCUGCCGCACGGAGGGGCAGCAACCACGCCAGGGAAGCCCGUCACCAGCAGCUCCGACUUCUUCCACGUCGGCGGCAGCUCGCUGGCGCUGCUGGGCCUGCAGGCGCUGAUCCGCGAGCGGCUGGGCGUGCACGCCGCCGUCACGGACCUGUUUGCCGCCACGGCGCUGGGGCCCAUGGCGGCGCUGCUGCGCGGCAAGCUGGACAGCGAGCCCAACACAGGCAGCGGCGCUUUAUCUGCGCCUGCUCCAGCCGAGGCAGCCAGCACCUGGGACUGGGGCGCCGAGACCGAUGUCGACCACGACCUCGGCCAGCUGCUCUCCCAACCCCCCUUUAACCGCCUGACGACAGAUCCAACAACCGCAGCCGCACCUCGCCCGCUCGUCGUAGCCCUGACCGGCGCCACGGGCUUCCUCGGCAGAGAGAUCCUACAGCAGCUCAUCGCCCACCCGCGCACAACCAAGAUCUACUGCCUCGCCGUCCGGAACGCGUUCUCCAAAUCAAAGUCCCAGCUUCUCGCCCAUCCUAAAAUCACCGUCUAUGCGGGCGACCUGGCCCUGCCACAGCUGGGCCUCUCAGACGCAGACGCACGCUCCAUCUUCUCUCCCGAAAACAACAGCACAGACGUAGCCAUCAUCCACGCAGCCGCCGACGUGUCCUUCCUCAAAACGUACCGCAGCCUGCGCCCGGCCAACGUCGGCUCGACGCGCGCACUCAUCCGCCUGGCCCUGCCGCGCCGUGUGCCCGUGCACUUCGUCUCGACGGCGGCGGUGGCGCGGCUGACGGCGGCGCGGGGGAUCGCCAGUCUAGGCCCCGUGUCGGUGGCAGCGUUCCCGCCGCUGUUUAGCCCGGAGGCCAACGGCGACGGCAGCGACGGCGGCUAUGUCGCGAGCAAGUGGGUCGGCGAGGUGCUGCUCGAGCGCGCCAGCCGCGAGCUGGGGCUGCCGGUCGUCGUGCACCGCCCCAGCGCGGUCACGGGGCACGGUGGAGAGGGUGAAGGAGGACAGGGCGAGCCGUCGGCGGACCUGACGGACAACAUGGUCCGCUAUGCGCGGCUGACGCGGACCGCGCCCGACGUGAGCGCGUGGACCGGGUAUUUCGACUCGGUGUCGGUGCAGGGCGCUGCGCGGACCAUCGUCGACGAGGUCGUGCGGGGGGUGGGUCGAGGAGAAGGCAUUCGCUACGUGUACGAGUCGGGCGAGUCCGUGGUCGCCGUGCACGACCUGGCGGCGAGCAUGAUGAGAGGAGGCGAGGAGGGCUUUGCCGUUCUGCCCAUGGACCAGUGGGUCGAGCGCGUCGCGCUGGCCGGCAUGAAUCCGCUUCUGGUCGCUUUUCUGCGCCAGAGUGUUGUGGGCAGGCAGCUUUCCUUCCCACGGCUGGUCAAGGGAUGAAGAGGGGCAAGGGGCCGUGUGUUGAAGGCGAGUUUUGUUGCCAGUUGUGUUUUCUUUUGGUUUUUGUUACGCGGUGUUCCUUUGUCAUCAGCAUUCACGUUCGGAUGUCGCAUCACUUUCCUUUGUCAAAUUCGCGCCUUCCUUCUUAGUUAAGGUAUCAUUGAAUUGAUCUUGCCAGAAUUUUGGCCAUUUACCUUCACCGCCUUUUUGCUCCCGUGCCACGAUUUCAUCCCGUGUUUUGCACUGAUGUCUGACCAAAACCCACUUCGUCCCAGG